ACAUUAUAUGUAUGAUGUUCGGCAAAUUUUGUUGCAUUGUAUGAUUUAUUUUCCGAUGCAUAAAACUUUUUUAUAUCCAAGUCACGUUUAAUAUUCACUUUGUUAUGUGAUCUAAAGGCAGUCGGACGUUUUUCCUGUAUUUAAUAAGCAUUUUUAGUUUGUCCAAAGUUUUGAAAGUGCUAACGAUGGCGCUUCGAUGUGUCGUCGCCUUUUUGGCCGUUACUUGUACACACGCCCUGAAUCAAUACCAAAACGAGUAUGGAAAUUUCCAAAACAACCAUGGUUUUAGGCAACCACAAUUCCCUUCAAUUACGAUGCCGCCGAUCAAACCGAUAGUUUUCCCAACAUUUCCCACAUUUUCCCCGGAGGAUAUAAUCAACCAGCGAGGUGGCCCUGGAGUCAAUUACAAUGGUGUUGCCAUAUCUUCGUCUAGUUUCACAAAUGUUGGUCAGGAUGGGAAAGUGCAACGUGGGGGUGGCACAAAAAUUAUUACCAAUCGCAAUGGGGUGAUCGAGGAGCAUACAUACCCCGAUGAUGGCUCCAACAUCAAUAUAGUGUCUUCGUUUCCACAACCUAAAAUACCUAAGUUUCCGGUACUUCCACAGAUAAAGUUACCUUUACCUCUCUUACCGGUACCCCCAUUUCCUCAAAUAAAGGUUCCAUUCAUACCACUGCCACCUGUACCAAAAAUCGACCCCAUAGUUAUCCCAAAAUACAGGCCCGGCCCAAAUGAAGAAUUUCGCGGCAGAUCCUUCGUUUCAUACAGACAUUCGUCUAAUAUCAACGGUGAAAUGAGCGGUGGUGGCGUUGAUACCAUUAUCAAUAAUGAUAAUGGAAGAGUUGAUAAGAAAACUUAUAAGUAUGGAGACUUGAAAGAUGAUUACUAAGUAUACAGAAAGGAAUUAUAGACACCAAGAGAAAGUAUCCUAAGUGCUGUAACAAAUUUUACGAAAGCACUAAAAUCUAAAAGAAACAAACAUUUUAUCAUUUAUUUUUAGAAACAUGCUUGCUACUGCUAAAGUUAAAAUAACAAACAUAAGAACCUGAACUUUAUGCCAUCAAACAAACAUAGAUCUUAAAUGCAAAUUGACCUUGUAUUAAUUGAAUAAAAACAUUUGAUUCAACAAUGAUUCAAUUCUGCUUUUUAUUAAAGUUUUGUUUCAAAAUUAGCUAUAGUCAGAAGGAUACUUUGCCCGCUAAUGAUACAAAAAGCUUGCGAUAAAAGAUAACUUUUGUUUAUAAAUUGGAAUAUGUACAGUUUCCAAAAAUGUAUUCAUUAAUUAACCAGUUUAUUACCUCUUUCUAUAACAUUUGUAUACUUGUAAUAUAAAAAACAUGCACAUAAAUUUUAGAUUUAGCUUUUUUUAUUUAAGUAAUUGAUAACUUGCCUUAACUGUUUAUGAAGAGAUGAACUAGAAUAUACAUAUAUGGAUAACUUUAUACAGUGUAAAACAAGUGAAACAGUAAUUAUAUUUGAAUUAAUAAUACUGUUUCGGUGCAUAAUUGAUUUACAUUUUGUUUUAUAAUUAAAUAUGGUUUGAUAAAAAUA